AUGUCUGGAGAUAUCACUCGUUCAAAUCUCCUCCCGUCGUCCAAAGAGGCUGAACUUCUUCAUAACUUGCGCGCACAAAAGUCGACUGAGCUGGCUCUCAUUGACGAGAAAAUGUUGCGUGAUCGACAGAUUGUCGUGAGUGCCGAUGCAGCCAUCGGCAAACUCGAAAAGUCGUUGACUAAGGCACGCGAGAUGCUGCGUGUAUACGAAGAACACACCAGCCAAAUCAAGGGAACACUUCGCACACUCUCCUUUAGCUCGACGCGGACAAACGUACAUUCCGACGCACUAGAACCGUGCAAAGAACUCUCGCUGCUCCUAAGUCAGGAGAUUCCAGAGCGUGAGAAGAAACUCCGGACGGAGACGCAGGAGAUUGCAGUAUUCUGCGACCGACUCAAGAUCAAUAUUACCAAUCUCGCCGAGGAGCUGCGAUGUCAGAAUCAUACGCAUGCGGUCGCUCUCGAGACCGUUGCGGCGAGGACCAAUCACCGCGGCGAGCUCCAGGCUUUGGUCGAUAACAUCCAAAGCUGUUUUCACCCUAUCAAAAAGGUUCCCUCAGAGGUCUGGGCGGAGAUUUUCCGUCUGCGUGUCGAGGAGGAUGACCAAUUGUUCCUCGCAUCCGGCUCUGAGGACCGUCGCUCGACCACAUUCACACUCUCUCACGUGUGCCAACCGUGGAUUAAGGUCGUCCACGAGACUCCAGAACUCUGGAGAGUGGCUGACUGGAGGGUCGGUAGAGACGGCAAUGUCAAGGCGGACAUGAUUACCUAUAUGCGGGAAAAGGUGCGGGAUCAACCAUUUACUGUCAUCGUGGAUCAAUGGCAGCUGUAUCCGACAUCACUCCUUUCGACGCAAGACGUUUUAAUGAUGAGCCACGCGCUGCAAGAGUACACGCUCCACUUGUUUGCAAACGAAAGGGACGAAAAGUUUGCACCUCCUUCAUAUUAA